UUCUCAAUCAAAACUCCCCCUUAUUCAAACCAAAAACGUAAACCCCUUUCGUUUCCUUCUCUUCUUUCUCCACCGCUCGCUCCUCAGCAAUAUUCAUUUCCUCACUUUCUUCAUUCUCCCUUCUCUUCCAUCUACAUCGUUCAUCAUCUCACAGGCAAUUAACCUCUCAUCAGACAAUCUUCGUUCUAUUUUAUACAAUCCAGUAUAUAAUUAACCAGCUCGAAGAUUUAUAUCAUAUGAUCGAUUAAUCAAUAUAGCAUUCAUUUUCGCAUUCGAUUUGGGGUUUUAGGGUUCCCAUGUCAGGUUAAAUUAGUUAUAGAUGGAGAAUACAGAUUCUACACAAAGCGUGCGAGUUGCUGUCAAUAUUCGCCCUCUCAUCACGUCGGAGCUUCUCCUUGGUUGCACAGAUUGUAUUUCUGUUGUUCCCGGCGAACCACAGGUGCAAAUCGGGUCUCAUUCAUUCACAUAUGAUUAUGUAUAUGGUAGCACGGGACAACCUUCAUCUUCAAUGUAUGAUGAUUGUGUUGCGCCGCUUGUCGAUGCACUCUUCAAUGGCUAUAAUGCCACGGUUCUUGCUUAUGGUCAGACCGGCUCUGGGAAAACAUACUCAAUGGGUACCAAUUAUAAUGGAGAGGGAAGUAGUGAUGGAAUUAUACCGAAGGUCAUGGAAAAUAUAUACAAAAGAGUUAAGACUAUGAAGGACUCUACAGAGUUUUUGAUUAGAGUAUCAUUUAUUGAGAUAUUCAAGGAAGAGGUUUAUGAUUUGUUCGAUCCCAAUUCUUCUAGAGGAGAAGUAGCAUCUACUGUAAAGACCACUCUUCCUAACAAAGUUCCUAUACAAAUCAGAGAAACAGUAAACGGAGGAAUAACACUUGCUGGUGUGACUGAGCCUGAAGUAAAGACAAAAGAAGAAAUGGCAUCAUAUCUCUCAAGCGGUUCAUUGUCACGUGCCACUGGGAGUACUAACAUGAAUAGUCAAUCAAGUCGUUCACAUGCUAUUUUCACAAUCACUAUGGAGCAAAAGAAGGGCGAUGAUAUCUUAUGUGCCAAAUUUCAUUUAGUGGACCUAGCUGGUUCUGAACGUGCAAAACGAACUGGUGCAGAUGGCAUGCGUUUAAAAGAAGGAAUUCAUAUCAACAAGGGUUUAUUGGCUCUUGGAAAUGUAAUUAGUGCUUUGGGAGAUGAAAAAAAGCGAAAAGAAGGAGGCCAUGUGCCAUACCGGGAUAGCAAAUUAACACGACUAUUGCAGGAUUCUCUUGGAGGAAAUAGCAAAACAGUGAUGAUAGCAUGUGUUAGUCCUGCUGACUCAAAUGCUGAAGAGACAUUGAACACUUUAAAAUACUCAAAUCGUGCUCGCAACAUUCAGAACAAGGCAACCAUUAAUCGUGAUCCAGUGGCUGCUCAAGUGCAGACAAUGCGGAAUCAAAUUGAGCAGUUACAAGCUGAACUUCUAUUUUAUAGAGGCGAUGCCAGUGGACCAUUGGAGGAGCUUCAGAUUCUUAAACACAAAAUACCCUUACUUGAAGCAAGUAAUGCAGAACUAAAGCAGGAGCUUAAAAGACAGCAAGUAACUUCCGAGAGUUUAGUACAGCGUGCUCUCGAUGCCCAGGUUGAAAGAGACAGACUGAUUUUGAAAAUAGAAUCAGUUCGAAAUGGUAAAUCAUGGGAUGAGAUUGACUCAAAUUCAAAUCAGGAUUAUGAUCUAGUGAAAUCUUACGUGUCAAAGAUCCAAGUUCUGGAAAGGGAAUUGCUACAUUUGAAAACUCCAGAAUCCAUGAGUUCUAGCAAUUUUGUUGAUUGUACUGAUUAUGAUGAAGAUGGACAUGGUGAUGAGUUUUCAUCCGAUUGUAAUGCCAAAGCUGUGGACUUGCCAGAUGAUAUGGAAGAUGAUGAGAAGGAGCUAGAACACUCAUCUCUUCAAGAAAAGUUGGAUAAAGAGCUCAAAGAAUUGGAUAAGAAACUAGAACAAAAGGAGGCUGAAAUGAAGUUGUACAGUAAUUCUGAUACUUCAGUUAUCAGGCAUCAUUAUGAAAAGAAACUCCUUGAGAUGGAACAUGAAAAGAAAAUUUUGCAGAAAGAAAUCGAGGAUCUUAAGUUCAACCUCACAAAUAUUUCAUCCACCUCUGAUGACGGUGCUCAAAAGUUAAAGCAGGAUUACCUUCAAAAGUUGAAUGCUCUUGAAGCACAGGUAUCCGACCUGAAGAAAAAACAAGAAGCUCAGGCUCAAAUCUUGAGACAAAAACAAAAUAGUGAUGAGGCUACGAAACAACUUCAAGAUGAGAUCCAAAGAAUUAAAGCCCAAAAGGUUCAACUUCAGCAUAAGAUUAAGCAAGAAACUGAACAAUUUCGGUUAUGGAAAGUUUCACGUGAAAAAGAAGUUCUCCAGCUUAAGAAAGAAGGCAGAAGGAAUGAAUACGAGAUGCAUAAGUUGCUAGCCUUGAAUCAGAGACAAAAGAUGGUAUUGCAAAGGAAGACAGAAGAAGCUUCCUUGGCUACAAAAAGGCUGAAAGAACUUCUGGAAUCUCGAAGGGCUUCCUCACGUGAAACUAUGGGUGUUGGAGGUGGAAAUGGUCCUGGAGUUCAGGUUUUGAUGAAGGCAAUUGAGCAUGAGCUUGAAGUCACUGUCCGAGUGCAUGAAGUACGUGCAGAAUAUGAACGUCAAAUCAGAGAGAGGGCUAAAAUGGCCGAGGAGAUGACCAGGCUAAAGGAAGAAGCAGAAUUGAUGAGGCAAAAUAAUACCAGUGAUUGCCCCAUAUCAAUGUCUCCUGGUGCGAGAAAUUCUAGGAUUUUCGCCCUUGGAAACAUGCUUUCUACUUCUUCCACAACUCUAGUGUCUAUGGCAUCCCAGUUGUCAGAGGCAGAAGAGUCCGAACGGGUUUUCAGUGGCAAAGGACGUUGGAAUCAAGUCCGGUCCCUUGCUGAUGCCAAAAAUUUGAUGAAUUAUUUGUUCAACAUAGCAUCUUCCUCCAGAUGUUCAUUGCGAGAUAAAGAAGUAAUUUGCAGAGAGAAAGACAUGGAAAUAAGAGAUCUAAAAGAAAAAUUAGUAAGGUUAAGCUACUCACUUCGACAGUUGGAAAAGAUAAAUGCUGAGCUCACUCAUAAGCUGAAAUUGCAGAGUGCAACUUUGAAAAGAUACUCAGAAUAUUCUGACUUGAAUGUUGAGGGUCACAAUGAUGACUUGCGCAAGCAGGAACUCCGUCAGUCUACCCUUCUAAUGGAGGACAUGGAUACAUGUGAUGAGACAGAAUCAGAUGGCUAUGAUGUGGAGGAAACAGAUGAUGAGUGGAAAGAAUCAGGAAAAUUAAGGGUUGGGAAAAGGAAAUCUAAGAGCAGGCUUUCAGAAAAGGGAAGUAAUCAGUCAAACAUCAACAGUUCAAAAGAUUUCAAAAACAAUUUAAGUAAUAGACUUGGAAGUGCACAAGGAGAAACUGAAUCAGAUACUUGUUGUUCUUGUAGCAAAAGCUCAACGUGCAAGACAACAAAAUGCUCGUGCAAAGCUAUGGGGAAUAGCUGUGGGAGUUCUUGCAGUUGCCUAGCAACUAAGUGUGCUAACCAAACAUCAAUCUUGAAUGAGUCACAGGAGCCAAUACAAUCUGAAUUACUUCUUGUUACUCAAGGCGCAGAAUUACUUCAGGGAGCACUAGCUGAUAGGCUUGCCGAGGCAACCAAUGAUCAAGGCCCCAGAAAACCUCUCUCUGACAUAGGAAAUACACAGGUCAAAUCGAAUGCCCAUGGUAAUCAGAAAAAGAAAUUGCGGAAAUCCACUAUAAUACUUGUUCCAAGUCUACCACCACCUUCCUUGCAAUCAGAGAAUUCGAAAGUCUCCAAACUCAAGAAACAAAUUAGCAACAUCCAUGAACAAAAUGUCACUAUGAAUAUACCACAGAAAAUGCCCACAUCUAAACCAGAAUAUGCUGCCUCUGUCCCCAAGGCAGAGCGUAAUUUUGUGGAGGCAGACUCACCGGUAAAAAUACCAAGAGUUAUGCGUAGGGCAACAUCAUCCAAUGGUAGUGUGCCAUUUUGGGACAGGAAUGCUGCGGGUAAGUCAGAUGAAUCUGUCAGUAAGGAGCCUGGAAAUUUUGAAGAUAGAAGAAAGCCUCGACAGAAGAGAACACAAGAUGAAAAAGAGAACAACAGACGCUGAUUAAUGUUUUUCAUUUGUUACCCUUUACGGUGACGUGUGUAUAUAUACCCAAAAGGCCAUAGGCAACUAGUUUAAUGUUUAGGAAAUUGAUUUUCCCUUGUCUGCAGCAGAUAAACAGGGACAUAGAUGAAUUGCUUUUAUAUUUUUUGUUCUUACACCUUGUUUGUUUAAGCAUUUUUUGCUCAAGAACUCAAGAAGGUUUUAGAUGAAAGGCAAAAGAAGCAGCUUUAGGUGUUUUCCAAGUUCUUCAAAUCAUCUGCUGGGGGCAUAUCAAUGCUCAGCCUCUGCUGAAGUGGGAUAUAUAUUUUAUGUAAAGCUGCCACAUUUUUCACUGUAAAUAAAGAUGAAAAUUUUGUAUAGUUUCCUACUUUCCUUUAUUUUCUAGACGUGUUUUGCCAAAAAAAAAAUUCUCUCUAUAGGAAGUAAUGUAUCGUUCAAUAUUUGCAUAUUAUGUCAUG